UGAAACCGCAGAGAUUUUUGAUGAGUUAUUGAGGUGUUAUUAUGAUUUUAUUGCGAGGGUUAUGCAAGGGUGGAGAUUAUUGAAGGGUUAUUUAUUAUGAGCUUAUUGCGGAGUGUAAUCACAUAGAUUAUUGAGAGUGUAACAACGAAGAUUAUUAAGAGAUUGUUGUGACGUUAUUAGAGUCAAUACUCUAAUAAUUCUCUAAUUACCUCCGAUUACCCCCCUGCAUAGUCUCUAGUUUCACUUUAAUAAUCUCCGCCGGAGACAGGCCAGCGUUUAGGGUUUAGGGCCUAUUACUGCACACAUGAAGGCGCAUGUUAUUAGAGUAAUUUCUCCUGAGAGGGGCCGUCGCACCGCUUAACAUGGCUUGGUGGAAAACUUGCUCAAACCCCCUCAAGAGCUUCGAAGUUCCUUCAGCCGGCGACUAUGGCGGUGUACAGAGCCCGUCUGUUCAUCUCCCACAGUCCGGCUUUCCGUUACGCGGCCGCCUUUGGAAAUCAAGAUUGCGGCGCUGAAGUACCAUCGAUGGCUUCCACUGCUUUGGCUCGGCCAUGGAGAUUCCCGAUGCCACGCCAUUUUUCAACGAAGGUCUUGUCAUAUGAUCGGCGAAGCGAACCUUUUUCGUCUUUUCCAUUGGUUAAAGGCACAAACUGUAACUCAGAGAACCUCCAUCGAUGUUUCUCUACGGAUAACCACUUUCAGUCGAUAGGCGGCAUGGCUAGUUCUAGGGCUGAUUUAAGGAAUAACGUGGAGGAAAUUUGCAGAGUUCUUGAUCGCAGCUCCCUGGGAUCUGAAUCCGAGAACGCUCUUUCCGCAAUCGAUCCCAAACCUAGUCCAGAAAUCGUCAUUGGGGUUCUAAGAAGGCUACAAAAUUUUCGUUCCGCAAUGAAUUUUUUUCGAUGGUCAGAGAAAGCUAAGGGAGAGCCACAUAGUGUGGAGGUUUAUAACUCACUUCUCUUAUCAAUGGCCAACCAUAGAAAUUAUGAAUUUAUGGAGAAGAUUUUCGAGGAGAUGAGCCUCCUUGGAUUUGGGCCAUCACCAAAUGCUUGCUUGGAGCUUGUAGCUAAUUUGAUGAAGGCAGGAAAGCUCAGGGAAGGCGUGGAUGUGAUUGAGAAAAUGCGUAAAUAUAAAUUUCGUCCAGCUUUUUCAGCAUACGUAAUUUUGAUCGGCGCCCUUGCCGAUUCUCAUGAAGCUGAUAUGGCUCUUGGUUUGUUUCAUCAAAUGCAGGAGGUGGGCUAUGAAGUGAAUGUUCCAUUGUUUACCACUUUGGUUCGGGUCUGUGCGAAGGAUGGCCGACUUGAUACAGCUUUAUCAUUACUGGAUGAGAUGAAGAGCCACUCAUUUGAUGCAGAUAUUGUUCUGUAUAAUGUCUGUAUUGACUGUUUUGGCAAGGAAGGUAAGAUAGAGAUGGCAUGGAAGUUCCUCCAUGAGAUGAAGGCCCAAGGAAUUGAGCCAGACGAUGUAACUUAUACCAGCAUGCUUGGUGUUCUUUGCAAGGCAAAUAGGCUAAAUGAGGCGAUUGAAUUGUUUGAGCAAAUGGAGCUUGGGAGAAAAGUUCCAUGCGCUUAUGCCUAUAACACAAUGAUAUUGGGCUAUGGCUCAGCAGGUAGGUUUGAUGAGGCUUACCAGUUACUGGAGAGGCUUAGAGAGAAAGGAUGUAUUCCUAGUGUUGUUUCUUAUAAUUCCAUCUUAACAUGCCUUAAAAAAAGGAGGAUGGCUGAUGAGGCUCUGAGGGUUUUUGAUGAAAUGAAGAAAGAUGCAGAGCCUAAUGUCGCCACGUAUAAUCUCAUGAUUGACAUUCUUUGCAUGGCAGGAAAGGUUGAAGAUGCUUUUAAAGUUAGGGAAAUCAUGGAAGCUGUUGGAUUGUUUCCUAAUAUUCUUACUGUCAAUUUAUUGGUUGAUAGGUUGUGUAAAGUUCAUAGAGUUGAUGAGGCCUUCCACAUAUUUGAAAGUGGAAAACAAAAGGGUUGCGGUCCGGACAGCGUUACAUAUUGUUCUCUGAUUGAUGGCUUGGGAAGGAAUGGUAGGGUCGAUGAGGCAUAUGACUUUUUUGAGAAGAUGUUGGAUGCAGGACAUGUCCCAAAUGCUGUUGUUUAUACUUCCCUCAUUAAGAACUUCUUCAAACAUAGGAGAAAGGAGGACGGGCAUAAGAUGUACAAGGAGAUGAGGCGUAGAGGUUGCCAUCCUGAUCUUACACUUUUGAACACUUACAUGGACUGUGUUUUUAAAGCAGGUGAAGCCUUAAAAGGUAGACAAGUAUUUGAGGAGAUAACUACUUGUGGAUUGUUCCCUGACGUGACAAGCUAUUCUAUAUUGAUCAGUGGUCUGACAAAGGCCGGUCAUGCACGGGAGACCUACAAGCUGUUUUAUGACAUGAAGGAACGUGGUCUUAAGCUGGACACUCUUGCUUAUAACACUGUCAUUGACGGGUUUUGUAAGUCUGGUAAGGUGGACAAAGCUUAUCAACUUCUGGAGGAGAUGAAAGAAAAGGGUAGCUCUCCAACUGAAGUUACCUAUGGAUCUGUUAUUGACGGGCUUGCAAAGAUUGAUAGGCUAGAUGAAGCUUAUAUGCUAUUUGAAGAAGCAAAAUCAAAGGGAGUUAAGGUGAAUGUUAUUAUGUAUAGCAGUCUUAUUGAUGGCUUUGGAAAGGUGGGUAGGAUUGAUGAAGCAUAUCUAAUCAUGGAAGAAAUGAUGCAAACAGGUUUAACUCCUAAUGUGUACACAUGGAAUUGUUUGCUCGAUGCUCUUGUGAAAGCUGAGGAGAUUAAUGAAGCUCUAGUCUGCUUUCAGUCGAUGAAGGACAUGAAAUGUGCACCGAACACCUUCACCUAUAGUAUCCUUAUAAAUGGUCUUUGCAAAGUGCAGAAAUACAACAAAGCAUUCGUCUUUUGGCAAGAAAUGCAGAAGAAGGGGCUCAUUCCUAGUGUGGUCACCUAUACCACCAUGAUGUCGGGGCUUGCGAAGGUGGGGAACAUAACGGAGGCUGGUAAGCUUUUCGAGAAAUUUAAGGCAAAUGGUGGCGUGCCCGACUCUGUUUGUUACAAUACUCUUAUAGAAGGCAUGAGCAACGCUAAUAGGGCAAUGGAAGCAUAUAGGGUUUUUGAUGAAACUCGGUUAAGGGGCUGUAAGAUUAAUGCCAAGACUUGUAUUGUUCUUCUCGACGCAUUGCACAAGGCUGAGUUCCUCGAACAGGCUGCAAUUGUAGGUACCGUUCUGAGAGAGAUGGCGAAGUCUCAACACGCUGCUCGAUCAUUGUAGCAUGUGGUGAUUAUUUGAACCAAACUCCUCAACAUAGAGGGACUUAGCCUUGGUGGAUGAAUUGAAUCUGCUCGUGUUUUAUAAGCUCUGCUGUAGUUGCGCUUCAUGGAGGAUUUGUAUUGCAAUUUUUUUGUGAAAGAGAGUUUAUGUUUGGCAUUGGAAGAGGUUGAUCUGAUGCUGAAGUUAAGAUAAAGUAUCCUCAACUCAGAGGUUUUGCCAAAAAUGCUUCGGUGGGCAGGUUAACAUGUUGCAUUUAGUAGAAACAAUUGGCUCUGAUAAUAAAGGGGUGAAUUGCGUACAUCGAUCCUUAAUCAAAUUUUAUGAUUAGCGGAAAAAAGCUGAGAUGAACUUUGCGGGCGUGUGCGGGCGGGCUGGCAGGCGGGCGUUUGCGCGUCCAUCAAAGCGCUUCUAAACUUACAUGGCUCAGCCUAGCAACAAAUUUGAAGGGUGAGAUUGUUGACAUCAGCCUCUCAUCAAGUUCUACAAUUGGCCUGUCGUAGCUUUAUGCAGCCUGAAUUUCUGAAUUUCUGCAGGUUACUCUAAAUCCUUGUACUAUAUCUCUAUAAAAUCUUGUGCAAAGUGGAAGAUUAGAAUAUGAGUUAGAAUAACAUGUGCAUCUUCUGUGGUAUCAUUGAUUUAUCUCAUCUUGCUGGAAGUAAAAGCAGAGAAGGGAAGUUCUAAAGCUGCAGAACCGGCGCUUCUCAUGGAAGAAAAAUUUCUGAACGAGGAAAAUACUGGAGUUGGUGGCGCCUUAAUUCUUUAGUGGUGCUCAUAUUGUGGAAAAGAUAUUGCGUCCGGAGGACGUGAUACAGCGGGGCGGAAUGGGAGCUCGGACCUUCGUUGUAUCACGUCCGGAGUCCGGACGUAGACGAAGCUCGCUUCCGGACUCUGGACGCAAUAUUUUCUCAAUUAGAGGUGACAUCUUAGAAGAAGAGAGUUUUCACUUUUAAAUUUAGCAUUUGUCUGUGUUUGAUUUGUAGUAAUUUGUGGAGAGGAAAUGAUGAAGUAUUUGUGUU